ACCAUCACCAUGUACGAAAGCAAACCACUGAAGUCUUUGUGUCUUAAACCCAUGAUGCAGUUGCGCUGCAUUGAUGAUCCUGAAUCGGGGGAAUCUGCUGGCGAUUGGCUGCCUUUGAAGCAGGAUUGGAGCACUCGUUGGUGUACAUUGCCUGAACGCUAUAUGGAUGGCUGGGCUGAUCUAAUUACUAACUUCGAUACCCGUGAAAAUGAUGUAUUUGUAGUAACAUACAUGAAAGCAGGCACAACUUGGAUGCAGGAGCUGGCUUGGAUGCUGCUCCAUAAACUUGACUUUACCAGUGCUGCAAGCAAGCCUAGUACAAGACGAUGUCCAUAUCUUGAAUACUCAGCGACGAAUGAUUCUUCCAAAAUUCCUAAUACAGUAAAUUUGGCAAAUGAUUUAAAAAGUCCACGUGUGAUAAAGUCACAUCUACCAGCUCAACUUUUACCACGCCAAAUUUUUGAGAAGAAUCGUAAAAUUAUCUACGUUGCACGUAAUCCCAAAGAUCUUAUUGUAUCAGCUUAUCCCUUUACAACUGCUAUAAAAUGUGGCAAGGUGAUCUAGAUACAUUUAUUGAUGAGUUUUUGAAUGAUAAAGUGCACUACUGUUCCUACUGGUCUCAUGUGAUUGACUUCUGGAGGAUGCGAAAUAAUCGAAAUAUAUUUUUUAUAACUUACGAAGAAAUGAGGCGGGAUCUGAAAGAUGUCAUCGAGAGAUUGUGCAAGUUUCUGGGUAUAAAUGAAUUGAAUGAAUGUGAAAUGAAUCUACUUUUGGAAUAUUUAUCAUUUGAUAACAUGAAGAAUAAAGAGUCCAUCAAUCCCACAUGGUUAAUAAAGCAAACAUUAAGCAACGUUCCUGAAGGAUUUCAAUUUAUGCGUCGCGGAGUUGUUGGUUCAUACAAGGAAGAACUUAACACUAAUCAAAGGGUGAAAAUCGAUCAUUGGAGUAAUACACAUUUAAAACCAUAUGGAAUACGUGAGGCAGACAUUUUUGGUGCAAUAUAGAAAAUUUAAGAAUAGUUACUAAAAUGAAAUGUAAAAACUUACUGUAAUCCUUCAGGAACGUUGCCCAAUGUUUGUUUUAUUAACCAUGUGGAAUUGGUGGACUCAUAAUCAAAGAUUAACAAACAUGCUACUUCUUUAAAGUUCUGUUAUUAUGUGCCGAGUAUUUUAUAAA